GCAUGGAUUGGGGGCCCGUCUUCUCCGUGCGGCUACGCUGACCCGCCCGGUUCUCUCUGCGCUGGCAGCGGGGCUGGGGAGGGCUCGAGGCUGGCGGAGCGGGGCCGGGGCCGCGCGCGGGAGAGGGCAGGUGCGCUGGGGCGCUCGCUGGGCGGCGCCGCCGCCGCCGGGAUUUGGGGAUGCUGGUUCCCUUGGUACUGUGUGCAACUCUCAUGAUAGGAAGUGGUGAAAUUCAAGGUGAUGAAUGGAUUGACCCCACAGAUAUGCUCAAUUAUGAUGCAGCAUCAGGAACAAUGCGACGACCUGCCAAGGUAAAUUAUGAUGACUCUGAGAAUAGGGAGGAACCAGAUGCCGUUGUGAACUUGCCAAGCACUGCAGCAGUAUCAGAGUGCCAUAGGAAAUUAGAAUCCUUAAUUCAGAAGAUUGAAGAGUAUGAGAAGAAAGAGAAGACCAAGUUAAGUGAAAGCCAUAGCAUUCAUGUUUUUAGGAGAUACUUGAAUAAGAUUUUAAUUGAAGCUGGAAGACUUGGCCUUCCUGAUGAAAACAUUGGUGAUGUGCAUUAUGAUGCUGAGAUCAUCCUUACAAGUCAGGCUCUUUUGGAGAUCAACAGAUUUCUCAAUGAGGAGGACUGGAAAUCAGGCGCUUUGGAUGAUGCAGUUAAUAAUAUUCUGAUUAAUUUUAAACAUCAUGAUUAUGAAGUUUGGAAAUGGAGGUUUGAGGACACUUUUGGAAUUGAUCCAUAUAAUUUGCUUAUGGUACUCUUGUGUUUGUUAUGCAUUAUAGUAACUGUAGCUACUGAGCUAUGGACACACAUUGGUUGGUAUACUCAGGUAAAACGCAUUUUAUUCAUCAGUUUUCUCAUCAGUUGUGGAUGGAACUGGAUCUACUUAUAUAAGAUAGCCUUUGCACAGCAUCAAGCUGAAGUGGCCAGAAUGGGAAGUCAUGACACAGUAUGUGAUAAGAAGAUAGACUGGAGCGAGAGUCUUUUUGAAUGGUUGAGAAGUUCAUGGACAUUCCAGGAUGAUCCUUGUCAGAAAUACUAUGAAACGAUACUAGUAAAUCCCAUUUGGCUAGUCCCCCCAACAAAGGUAUUGGCUGUUACAUUUACCAAUUUUGUAACAGAACCAUUGAAACAUAUAGGGAAAGGAAUUGGUGAAUUUAUUAAAGCCCUUAUGAAGGAGAUACCAAUGAUGCUACAGAUUCCAGUGUUAAUCAUCCUAGCUGUGGCUGUUCUGGGUUUCUGCUAUGGUGCAGGAAGAUCAGUUGCUACACUAAAACAUUUAACAGGUCCUGAGCGGAAACCAUCUCCUUCACUUCCUUCAAGUGACAGACAGCACUGGGAACAAAUACAUUAUAAUGCAGGUGAUUCAGAUGCCAAUUACAGAAGGAAUGUUGGUGCCCUCACUGGAGGACCUCAUGACAGAGGAGAUGAUCACAUGAGACUUCAAAAUGGCAACAGAAGCUCUGAAGUUCUGCUGCCAGGUGGUACACCAAAUGCACGAAGAGAGGAGCAUCACAAGUGUGGAUUGCACCCUGUGUCUCAAGAUCAAACAAUUUUUAGAGUGAAAACCAAUGUAGAUCAAAACUGUGAUAAAGAGAUUGCACCUGAAGAGCAGAAACUGUGCACACUUGGAGUUGAACAAGAGUCUGAAAAGAAUUGUGAACCUCAAGCAAGUUGUAGCUUAAAAAAGGAGAAAACAAAUAAGCAAAACUCAGUUGAUAAAACAGGAGAUCUUGAAAAGACGGAAAAGGGCAGUCUACCUCGAUUAAUGGAAGACACAGAGGAAACUAAAGCAUCUUUGAACUCUACUGAUUUGUGCUAUGGUGCAGGAAAAUCGGUUGCUACAUUAAGAGAUUUUAAAAGUCCUGAGCAGGAACCAUCUCCUUCACUUCCUCCAAGUGACAGACAGCACUGGGAACAAAUAAAUUAUAGUGCAGGUGAUUCAGAUGCCAAUUACAGAGGGAAUGUUGGUCCCCUCAGUAGAGCACCUUAUGACAGAGGAGAUGCUCUCAGAGAGAGAGAGGUUCACGUGAGACUUCAAAAUAGCUACAGAAGUCCUGAAGUUCUGCCGGCCAGUGAUAUACCAGAUGCACAAAGAGAAGAGCAUCACAAGGUAGCAUCCAAUGAACAAAGUCAGCAGCCUGCUGUUGAAGCUCUUCCAGGAACCCCUUAGUUCCCUGGUUUUAUCUUCCUGAUGCAAUGGAACCCCAGUGUAGGUGAAAGUGCAGCAAUUAAAGAAUCAGUAAUUUAUCAAUGCCAGGUGGCAAGUGAGACACUACCUAUUGCUUGCCCCUUAAUCAAGAAGACUGGAUUCCUAGUGAAUUCUCAUCCUUCAGAUUUUUAUUCCUUAUGGAUCAACACUACCCCUAUGAAGCUGUUUAUAAAAGUCUUGUGAUGGAGUGCUAGGCAAAUGUAUGUAUCUCAAAGUAAACCAAGCCUGGUUGUAAAGCAAGAGCUUAUUUUUGCAUUUAAAUAAAGUAGCUUUUUAAGAAAAGUGGCCAGCAUGUGAGAUGUUCAAUUUAAGCUAUGAGAAGCCAGCACUCUUGGUGUUUAGGAGAUAGAGUAGAAAGUGUGUCCUAAACUAAACUGGAAAUCAUUUUUUUCUGAAUUCAGAUACCAAAAUAGCUCAUCAGAACAAGACUUUUACUGACCCAAGUCUGCAGCGUGAUUUUUCCAAUCCCAGUUAGGUUUUCAGUAGUUUCCAUGCACACACAAGAGGAAUAACUAAGCAGUCUGGGAGAGAAUUUAUUCCUCAGUUUGUGGGUUUAAAAAAACAAAACAAAACAAAACUGGUAUAAAAAUGUCCAGGGACUACCUGAUCAUUCCAGGAAAAGGAAACAUACAAAUUGGGAAAAAGUUUUUUUAACAGGACAUAUAGAACUAUGAAAUUUGUAUUACUGUUAAUUUAAACUGCCAUAAACUUGUACCGGUUUAAUCAAUGAAGCAGAGUACCUUAAACACUACAUCUUACUGAUCACAAUGCUAUCCACUUCAGAUAGUUAGAAGAAAGUACUCAGUGACUCAUUUCAGCUUUGACAUACAGUUAAUCUCUAGCAGUAGUGGCAACUGUAGACUGUACCUUUUGCAGAAUACUGAUCACAGGAAUGUACAACUGUCAAUUUACUAGCACUAUUUUUAAAAAGUAAAACUAUUUACACAAUACACUUUGAACUGAAUAUCCAAAUGUUAUUAGUGCUACAAAACCCUUUUUUCCUUUAAAGGCAUAUUGUCAUUUUCCCUUCAAACAAAGGAAAGUGACAGAUUCUUUGUUAAAAAUUACAGUACAAUCUGACCCCCUAAUCUUUGUGCUGUAGUUGAAAUUCCAACAAGGCUUCUCUUUCUAAAAGUCUUCGGUAGGAUUUGGUCUCUUUAUACUGGAGGGUAAAGGGACUCUCUGUUCAUCCAUUCUCUUGGCCUGUGAUCUCAAAAUAAGGCUGAAGAAAUCUUCAUCAGGUACAGUUGGUCCUUUUGUGGCAGUUGAUGGUGGAGCACAUCUUUGAUCAUCUAAUCUGGAACCCUAAAGAUUUAGCAAGAGAUAAAAAUUUAACCAGUGCCUGUCAGAAGCUCAUACAAUGAUACGCUUACUAUUUCAUUGUUAAUAUUCUGUGUUUUCUCACUGCAGAAAGUUUAUUUUUAUGCACAGGAACAGAUUCAUUAAAAGCCAUCAGGAUUUCUUUUUAAUAAAAUUAUAGUAAUAUUGCAUCUAGAAUACUGGCAUAGUUAAUAGUAAGGGUAUAUAGCCUUACCCAGUGAGCAGGCAGUUCAAACUCCUCCCUCCCCUCUAGCAGUUUGAUGGGAAAUACUGUAACAUACCCAUUGAAGAUGUCUCAUCAAAAACAUCCUGUAUUAGAUUUGUGUACUAAGUUAACAAUGUGAUUUAGUUUCUGGUGAGCCCGUUGAGGUGUGAGUAGUAAGUGUUAAAAGAAUAACCUUUUUUGCAGGGGAAUAUUUUGUAUUCCUAUUUUCUAUCUAUAUGGAAACUAGACUCUCCCUCAUCCUUAUUAGUGCCAUUCAUCCCUUACACGAGGGCAUGUAAGAGAGCAUUAAUUUCCAUUCUCAAUUUGAUUUUCUGUAUUUGACAUCACUCCUAUAGUUAAUAAAGUAGAAUACAAUUGCAAAA